AUGCAUAAUGGCUUCAACCUUGCCGACACGCCAGGGGGCGUCUUCGGCUACUUUUUCCAAAAGUCCCAGGACUCUUCUACACCGUCAGCUAUGGUAUGCUCUAUCGUUACGGACAUCAUGACUUCUCCCACUUUCAGUAAAUCGAAAGGGCUCUUUGAGGCAAUAUCAAGCAUCGAAGGCUUGAUGGACCGAUACACUAAAGGGACAGAUUGUCCCCUAGAUAUGAUAUGGCGGAUAUUGGAGUCCUUAGUGGCACAAAGCCCGGCAUUUGCACUUAUUGUGGAUGGUAUCGACGAGUGCGCUGAGAACGAAGAUGUUAAGAAGGUGCUAAGGCAUCUCGGCAAGAUGGCCCGAACGACCGAUGCUCGAAUAAUUGUCUGUUCCCGAUACUUCAAACACAUCGAUCAAUCAUUAGGCUCUCCUGCCAUCAUAUCCAUUGAGGCUGAUCAAAUUGCUGCUGAUAUCCAAUCCUUUGUCACAGCUGAAAUCGACCGAACACAGCGACUGGCCGAGAUCAAGGACAGAUUGUUGGCCAAAUGCGCCAUACAUUCCCAGGGAAUGUUUCUGUGGGCGCGGCUGAUGCUAGAUGCCAUUAAGGCAGCACCUGAUGUCAAAACCCAGCUGCAGACUAUGGAAAGCUUCCCACCCGGGCUAGACUCUGUUUAUGCCCAAUUCAUCAGCAAGACAGGUCGUGGGCUCGAUAGCGCCCAUCUCAACAUUCGCCGACAAUUUUUUACUUUAAUUAUAGGGAGCUUUCAAUUUCUGACUAUUAAUGACAUUGGUACAGCGAUAAGUUUAGAUGUUUUCCGUUUGUGCAAAGAUAAAAAUCGUGAGCUUUUCGACAUUGAAACCAAACUGGACAAUCUUUGCGGCCCUCUCGUGGUCACAGCAGAUGGAACUGCUCGCUUGAUUCAUGCCUCGGUCAAGGAUUACUUGACUGGGUUCGAAAAGCCGACUUCCUUGUCCAUUAAUCUCGAUGCUACCACCACAAAUCAAUUCAUGGCCACUCGAUGCUUGUGUAUGCUCAUGCUGCCUGAAUUUAACAGCCGCUCACUCAUUGCUGAUUUACUUCGCCAAAGUAUGUACAAGUACAGCGAGGCUGUGGACUCCGCGAUUGCUGUAGAAGAUCCAUCUACAUUACAGGGCUUCUACAAAUAUGCAGCUCUCAAUUGGCACUCACAUCUGGUCGCACUACCCCAGGCGCCUUUGAACACCCUGAAGCUUGUGGCCAAGUUUUUCAAGAGUCGCCAGUUUGUUACAUGGGCCGAAAGCCUCUUCUUACUUCGAGGGGGACUUCACGGUGCUCCGGCUAUGGACGUUGCCAGCUACUUGAAAUCCUGGCUUGUUCUCCAGCCACCAUCAUUGCGAGAAAUUGUGCCGAUGAAUGAUUAUGUCGAAUCAGCAUACGGCCAGCUGGUCGAGGAUACCAAAAUGGCAAACGACUUUCCUUUAGCGAUUGCCUUCCUUCAUUCCAGAUUGGCAGAGUAUCAUGCCUGGAUGGCGGACAUAAGCGAUAGCGCUUUAAAUCUGUUAGUAACUGCGGCAAAAGGCCUUGACGAUCAGCUGGGACCACAUCGGAUGACUUUGAUGGCCUUGGAUGCACUGGCGACAGGUAAGAACAUUAAUACCAGUUUAGAGUCACUGCCGAGAAUGGUCUUUCUGACUUUGCUUCGUCAAGGUACUUUGGUUCGCGGACUCCAUGAACAAGCAGCCCAGUCACACGCAGAGAUCCGGCGACAAAGAAUUCGGAUUCUGGGUCCAACGCACCGGGAGGUCUACAUGAGCAUGAGUUACGAGUGCUUGAGCAAUUUCCACACCCUGAAUUUUCCUGAAGCGCAGAGGCUGGGGGAAGAAGCGUCUAGGGGCCUGCUGGCGACGGGCGUUCCGACAACAAGGCUCUUCUUGCACAACCAGCUGUACCUUGGAUAUGCACUGGAGGGACAACAUAAGAUCCAGGAAGCUCAGGUUCUUUACGAGAGUGCCUAUGCAACCUGGAUGGAGCUCAAUGGCCCGGACGACCCUUCGACGCUUAUGACUCAGAGCGCCAUGGCAUCUACUUACAGAAAGCUUGGCAGACUAACAGACGCAGAGCAUCAUUACAUCCUUUGCUUUGCAGGGCGUCAGCGUGCUAUGAGUUUGGACAACUAUCUGUGUGUUGAUCUCGCCAUCAGCCUGGCUUAUGUAUACCAUGAGCUCCAUCGAAACGAAGAAGCGGGAGCGUUAUUGGAGAUCUGUCUUCCACUUGAAGCCCUCAAGAGGUCAGCUAACUUUGAGCGUGUAUGUCAAAUAAAACAUCUUCAAGCUCUGAUGCUGUACGACGAAGAUCCGGCGGCGGCUGAAAACUUGCUGUAUGACUUGAUCAAUGCUUCGAGGGGUAACCGGCCACCUGUGAAUCGGGAACUGGUGUGGGUGCGAGUUACACUGGCAAGAUGGUUGAGAAAUCGUGGCGACACCAGAGAGGCCCUGCUGCUUUUCCAGGACCUCGUUGAGCCAGUUUCCCCAUCAUAUGGUACCCCUUUAGCAGACGAGCAAUGCAAGCUUUCAGAGGAGGGGGUUAACCUUAUUAAGGCUGGACUUGCAAUUAAAGCAAGGCACUUGCUUGAAAGUAAUGGUUUGCGGUGGGUGAGGAAUUACUAUUUUGAUAUCGUUCAUGGGGCUCCACUCACGGAUACGGGUUGGGAAAGGGGGUUCCUUGAAAGAGGCUGUGACAAAUUGGAAACAUUGAAUGCUCGUCUUGAGAGGGACAAUGAAUGA